GGGGCGCUCGGCGCUGUCUCCUUGUCCCCAUCACGGCUCCCGCUCGGUCCCCCCGCGCCGCCAUGUCCGCGCCCGGCAGCGGCGGCGACUUCGGGAACCCGCUCAGGAAGUUCAAGCUGGUCUUCCUGGGCGAGCAGAGCGUUGGGAAGACCUCCCUGAUCACCAGGUUUAUGUAUGACAGUUUUGACAAUACUUACCAGGCAACCAUUGGAAUUGAUUUUCUGUCCAAAACAAUGUACCUGGAGGACCGCACGAUCAGGCUGCAGCUGUGGGACACAGCUGGCCAGGAGAGGUUCCUCAUUCCCAGCUCCAUCCAUGACUCUGCUGUGGCUCUCAUUGUCUUUGACAUCACAACAGGUCCGGCUGCAGCUUUGGGACACAGCGGGGCAGGAGCGGUUCCGCAGCCUCAUCCCCAGCUACAUCCGUGACUCCACCAUCGCCGUCGUGGUCUAUGACAUCACAAACUUGAAUUCUUUCCAGCAAACUUCCAAGUGGAUCGAUGAUGUCAGGACAGAGCGAGGCAGUGAUGUCAUCAUCAUGUUGGUGGGGAACAAAACCGACCUGGCAGACAAGAGGCAAAUUACCACAGAGGAAGGGGAACAGAGAGCCAAAGAGCUGAAUGUGAUGUUCAUUGAGACCAGUGCAAAGACUGGCUACAACGUGAAACAGCUUUUCCGCCGUGUGGCUGCUGCCUUACCUGGGAUGGACGGCACAUCAGAGAAGAGCAAAGAAGACAUGAUUGACAUCAAACUAGAGAAGCCCCCCGAGCAGCCAGUCACGGAGAGUGGGUGCUCCUGCUAACAGCCCCUGCCAGCAGUAUCCCCGCUCGGCCGGGCUCCCGGAGAACAUCCUGCUCAUUGCCACCCCUCUGGGGCUGGAAAACCAUUCCUAAGCGAGCGAAUCCCUGUGUACUGGUGGGGAGCAGUCCCGGCUGCCCCACUCACUGCAGAAUGAGUGUCCUGUCCUUUGAGUUUAUUUUUUAUGUUGUUGCACUUUGGCACCAUGGUGCCCUUCACACUCUCUUCCCCUCUCUCUCUCUCUUCCCUUUCUCCCCCUGUUCCCACCUGGAGCCUCCCUGCUCAGAUGUAUCUUGUGAAUGCCAUGGAAAAGCUGCUGAGUUAGGGAAGACAAAAAUGAAGGGUUGGGGGGGGGGUUUCCACCUUCCCUCCUGCUUUGCAUCCUCCCCCUGCCCUCUCCAGCCCCAUCCUGCAUCCCCACUUCCUCUGGUAAAAGGCUGCUCCUUGAACCUAAACCAGUCACUUGGACUUGCCUUUUUGGACUCUGCAGGUUCCCUGUUCCCAGGCUUUGCUUCCCGCAGGGCACACGCCCCAUGAGUUCCCUGGUUUCGCCUUUCUGUGGAUGAUCCUGGCUAACUUGCUCACAACUUCCCAGUUUUGCCCCUCGUGUCACACAGGGCCCUGGAAAACCCCAAACUCUGAGAGCUUUGGCCUUGUUGCUCCCAUUUGUGUAGCAAGGACAUCCCAGAGCCUGUUCCCCUUAGCUGGACUCUCUUCCCAUCCAGAGGAUGUUGGUGAGUGUUGGCUGCAGACAUGGGGGAGGAGGAGAGAACAGAGGCUUUGCAGCCUGAGGCUGGGUGGGGAGAGAUCCUCAGGGAUUCUAGAAGCAAACAGUGACAUGGAAUCCAUCACUGCAGGGGCAAUACCUGCCCUGAGAGUCAUGGAUGCUCCUCAGGCUCCUUCUCUGAUCGCCAUUUUCCUGUUCCUCAUCACAGGAGCUGCUUCAUGCAGAGCAGGACAGCCAAAGCAGAGGGAAGGGCAACAUUCCACUCUCAUUGCCAGGUUGCUGCUUGAUGGAAUCAUUCCCAUUGCCUCUGCCCUUGGAGCAGAGCUCUGGGUGGGACCAGCAGCUGUUUGACUCGUGGGGGAGUUUUAACCUUUGCCAAAGCUGAGGGGAGCAGUGGCAGGGAAUUCCUGUCACAGUGGGUGAAGGAUUGGAUGGUUGGACGCUGCUGAAGGGAAUUCUGGUGUCACUCCCCAACCUUAGAGAUUGGGAACUGCUUCCUUUCCCCCAGCCCCUGGUUUUGAAUCAUUUCAUAGAGCUUUUCAGAGAUUUCCUGGGGUUUUGGGUCCACAAAAAGUUGGUUUGUUAGUUGGAAGAGAGGAGAAUUCCACUGUCCUUUCCCCACCUGGCCUGUGUGACACAGAGGAUGCUGUGGUAGGACAGUGGUCACAGUGUGACCAUGCUGGGGGAUGUCAGUGACACUCCCUCCCCUUCUCUGGCAGGGUGUCCCUCAGUCCCUGACACUGUGUGUGCACCUGGGGGCAGGAAGGGACAGCCCUGGGCUGAAAUGUGGCAACCCUGGCCUGGCAGCAGGUCACUGAGGUCCCCAGAGUCCCUUCCCCUCCGGGCGAGCUGGCUGCAGGAGGAAGCUGGGAUGUGACUCCCCGUUCCCCGCCCCUCGGGAAGCUGAUCCCAUUCCCUGUACAUAGCCCAUUGUGGGAAUUGCCGGUGUCGGUGUCCGUGUCUGUAGAACAGGUGUUGCUGUCCCUCCUCACAGGCAGCCCUGCUGUCCCUUCAUGUUGUUCGAGUCACGGACCGGGGCGGGAGGGGGGGACACCCCAAUUACGGGGUGGGGGGUAAUUAGUGGAAUCCAAAUAGUUCCCUUCCCACUGUUUUUCUGGAUGUGUUCCUGCCGUGUGUCCGGCCCUGCUGUCUUGUAGCUGUAGCGACUAAGUGUGACUGUAACUGAGUAAGGACUGUGUGACACAGCCACAGUGUAUCACAAAAUAAAUAAUUAUUUCACCAA